ACAGACAACACAUCUACAACAGCAACCUGUACCUGAUCAAUAUGGAGGAGCAAAGACAUCCUGUCAAUAUUCAGCUUGUUGGAGUGAUGCAAAAAGAAGAAGCGAAAUUGUACAUGACCACUGUUCUCUGGUCAGAUCAAAAUGAGAUCACGGUGUACAGAUCGCUUGAAGACUUCAAGACACUGCAUAGACAACUCAAGAAGAAAUUCCCUCCUUCAAAUCUCAUUAAAAGGUCGACAAGGAUUGUUCCCAAAUUUAAAGCUGCAAGAUUGCGGAAAAACAUGCAGAAGUGGAGUCCCAGUAAGUCGGUGCUCAGACUGAAGACCCUGGACGAAUACUGCAGUGAACUGCUGAAGAGCGAUCCCCUUAUCUGCCAGAGCCCGGAGCUCAUCCAGUUCCUGCUUCCCAAAUCCCAGGACCUCAAUGCGGACUUUGCAAAAAACAGUAUCGUGAUCAUGCCAUCAGAGACCACUCUGGACAGUAGUAAAGUUGGAAUGAACAAUGGGGUUACUCAACCUUUUGUUACUGAAACAUACCGCUGCGUAGCUACUUAUGAGACCAAGGACACCAAGAAUCACCCCUUCAAGGUUGAAGUGGAUGAGAUUUUGGAUGUCCUCAUUAAAGACCAAAAAGGAUGGUGGCUGGUGGAGAACGAAGCCAAACGUCUCGCCUGGUUUCCUGCUCCGUAUCUACAGAGAGCCGAGAUGGCUGAUGACGGUCCUGAUGUGAUGGAUGGCGAAAGUGUUUUCUAUGUUGCUGCCAAAAGUUUCAAAGCCAUAAACAGUGAUGAAAUAUCAGUCGAGAUUGGGUCUGUGGUGGAGGUGUUACAGAAGUCUGACAAUGGCUGGUGGAUAGUAAGGUACAAUCGAAAGGCGGGCUUUGCACCAUCUAUGUACCUGCAACCGUACAAUAACCCAAGGAUUCGCAUGAUGCCUGCUCAGAGGGAGAUGACCAGCUCCUCUCUUGACUUGGCACGGCUUCAACCUAUUGGAGACAAUUCCCUGCAGGCUUCUGACCGUAAGCUCAGCAAAUCCCAGGGCAAUCUGCAUCUAGUUCCAGGAAGCACCCUGGACCCUAGAGAUAAGCUAAUGUCACGUUCAAUGGGUAGGCUGCCGGAUGCUCGUAUGACAUGGCUGACUCCAUCAAUCCGAGUCCAAUUUGCAGAGAACGGUCAGCAAAGAAGUCUCAGUGAGGACAGCGAAGAGUUCAGCGAUGAAAGCAGCUUCUCCGGCAGCGAUUCGCUAAAUCGUUUGGACGCAGAACAGCAAUUCCGCCGGAGUCGCACCCCUACGCUUGAGUCUUCUCGCAGCCUGAGCGUUGAAAGUCCCACAGAAGGCAAGAUGAUCAGCAGCCGAUCAGACCCCAGUCUCAACAAGAUGCCCUCCACCCCCAAGAUGCCACCCAGACCCCAAGCUCAGGAGAUACUCCAACGCUGCACCACCGUUACACGCCAAAACCUGCAAAGAACCAGUUAGGUCACCUCACUGCAAUGUCCAGUACUUUAGGUUACAUGUUUGAGGAGAACAAGAGUUACUGUUCAUUACCAAAAACACUUGUGUGAUAAUAAUAUGAUUUCUUGAUGGACAAAUUAGAACUAAGUCUAGUUCUUAUUCUUGGAACAGAAUAUUAUGUAUGUUACAAAUGAUAAUCUACUGGAGAUGCUGCUCUUUAGAUCAGGCACAGAAAAUUUAUUACAAUCUUCAACAGAAUAUUUAUCCAAGAUUUAGGUCUUUCUUAGUUUUUUUUUUUUU